AUGGAUGUCUUGAGAGAAGGAAGAUUUGUGAACAAACCACCACUUCUGGAAGGUGUCAAUUACCCCUAUUGGAAGGCUCGCAUGAAAGCUUUUAUUAAAGCUAUUGACGAGAAGACAUGGCGAUCUAUCUUAACCGGAUGGACUCAUCCAACAACUAAAGAUGAUAAAGGCACGGAUACUGUAAAGGCUUCAAAGCUUCAAAUGCUCACAACUCGCUUUGAACGUUUACGAAUGGAGGAGGAUGAGUGCAUUGCUGAUUUCAACUCAAAGCUUUGUGAUAUUGCCAACGAAGCCUUUGCCCUUGGAGAAAAAUAUACUGACGCCAAAUUGGUGAAGAAGACCUUGAGAUCACUUCCGGCACGUUUUGCUUACAAAGUGACAGCCAUCGAAGAAGCAAAAAACGUGGAGAAGAUGAGACUUGAUGAACUCAUAGGUAAUCUUCAAACCUUUGAGAUGAACUUUAAAGCUAAAAAGAAAAGUAGAGGCAUUGCUCUUAAUGCAGAUUAUGAUGAGAUGUCCACCAAAGAUGAGACCGACGAAGAUGAGGACUUGAGUGAGUCUCUUACUUUUCUCACCAAAAAAUUCAAUGAAAUGCUGAGAAAGUUCAACAAGAAAGGGAGAUUUGGAGAGAAUUCAAAGAACAAAAAUUCUCAAAAGAAGAAUUUUAAUUCUCAACGGUUUGAAGAUAAGAAAAGAAAAGAGGGAAUACAAUGCCGAGAAUGUGAAGGAUUUGGACAUGUUCAAGCGAAGUGUGCAAACACUCUCAAGAAGAAAAAUAAGGCUGCCACGGCGUCAUGGAGUGAUGAUUCAGACGAAAAUCAAGAGGAUGCAGAUGAUCACACCAGCAAUUAUGUGGCUUUCACUGUAACAAAUGAAUUCUCGGAUAAAAAUUUAUUUUUCACUGAUAAUGUUGUUACAGAGUCUGUUGCAACAGUGUCUGCAACAACCUCUGGUAGAAUUGUUGAUGAUACAGAUUUCGGGGAUGAAACUGAAGAUGACAGUGACGAUGAUGACCUAAGCCUUGGGAAGAUUCAGGAGGCUUAUAAGAAGAUGUACAGCAAAUGGCUUGUUGUUUGCAAACGAAACAAAUCACUUGAAGAUGAAGUUGGUGUCUUAACAAAGGAAAGAGAUGAGUUGAAGAAGGCUGCAACAAAUUAUGAAAUCUUGGCAACAAAGCAUCAAGGAAAGCUUGCUGAGACUAGACUCGAAUUGGAGCAGACCCAGAAGAAUUUAAGGAUGCUAAACUCGGGCACAUCAAAAUUGGAUCACUUACUCUCACAACAAAAAAACUUGUGGUGA